UGGGAAGUAAGUAAGAGUUCACUGUUGUGUGCACUGGAGGAAAGAUGGGCUUCAUUCCGGACUUUUCCAUCGAGACCUGGACUUUAAUAGCGUUUGUCAUCACUCUCAUCGGAGUAUAUGGAUAUGCCCCAUAUGGCUUUUUCAAGAAAUUAGGCAUCCCUGGACCCAAACCUCUGCCCUUCAUUGGAACGUUUUUGGAGUACAGAAAGGGAGUCCACAAUUUUGACACAGACUGCUAUAAGAAAUAUGGAAAAGUGUGGGGAAGCUACGAUGGCAGGCAGCCUUUGUUGGCUAUAAUGGACCCUGCUAUGAUCAAAACAGUCCUUGUCAAGGAGUGUUAUUCAGUGUUCACCAACAGACGGGAUUUUGGCCUAAAUGGACCCUUACGUGAUGCUGUAUCAGUAGUAGAAGAUGAGGAGUGGAGGAGGAUUCGAAGUGUACUGUCUCCAUCAUUCACCAGCGGUCGACUGAAAGAGAUGUACAAGAUAAUGACGCAUCACUCAAGUAACCUGCUCAAGAGUCUUCACAAGAAAGUCGAGGCAGAUGAAGUAAUAGAAGUCAAAGAAGUAUUUGGACCUUACAGCAUGGAUGUUGUGACCAGCACUGCUUUCAGUGUGGACAUUGAUUCAAUCAACCAUCCCUCUGACCCGUUUGUAGAGAACAUUAAGAAAAUGGUCAAGUUCAACUUUCUGAACCCAUUGCUUGUACUUUUGGUUCUGUUUCCAUUCUUGGGGCCAAUUUUGGAGAUGAUGAAUCUGACUAUAUUCCCUGCUUCAGUGUUGGAGUUCUUCUACACCUUCCUAAAGACGAUCAAAUUAGACCGCAACAAGAAUGAGCACAAAAACCGUGUGGACUUCAUGCAGCUGAUGGUAGAUGCACAAGUUUCAGAGAAUAAGGAGGACACGGGCUCUGAAAAAAAAGGGUUGACUGAUAAUGAGAUCCUCGCUCAGGCUAUGAUAUUCAUCUUUGCUGGCUAUGAAACCAGCAGCAGCUCACUGGGAUUCUUAUCCUACAACCUGGCAACCAAUCCUCAGAUCCAAAAGAGACUUCAAGAGGAGAUUGAUGACACCUUCCCAAAUAAGGGUAAACCAACCUAUGAGGCCCUUAUGCAGAUGGAAUACCUGGACAUGGUGUUAAACGAGUCAAUGAGGCUCUACCCCAUUGCUAACCGUUUGGAGCGGAUGGCAAAGGCCUCUGUUGAAGUGAACGGUAUGACCAUUCCCAAAGGAACUACCGUCAUGAUACCAGUUUACACUCUCCACCGUGACCCUACUGUGUGGCCUGAGCCGGAUACAUUCAACCCUGAAAGGUUCAGCAACGAGAACAAAGACAACAUCGAUCCAUAUACCUUCCUACCCUUUGGAGCAGGGCCAAGAAACUGUAUUGGAAUGCGAUUUGCUCUCGUGAUGAUGAAGUUGGCCAUGGUGGAGGUCCUGCAGAACUUCAGCUUUGUCACAUGCAAGGAGACGGAUGUUCCAUUGGAGCUGGGAGUUGACGGAUUUACUACACCCAAGAAUCCAAUCAAAUUGAAGCUGGAGCCAAGAUCAACUGCAGCCGAUUCUUCCUCAAGCUAACUUUGAUAUACAGGACCUGGCAACACUCAUUAUGCUUCAAGUCACCACUUUCUCUUCUAAUCUGUGCAUGAUUAUUCUAUUAUAAUUAUUUUUAGUUAUUUAUCCUGGAUUGAAAUCAAUAGACCUGGCUUUAUUGACAGAUCUCAAGGUAACUUUUAUAUUUAACAAUGUCCUCAACAGCCUAACAGUAUAAUUGAAAAACAAUCAAACUGGAUUCAGAUAGGACAGAACUCAUUGCAAAACGUGCAUGCUGUUAAAUAGCAAUAACAGUAUUUAAUCUAGAGUAAAUUAAUACAAUAUAAGGAACUGGAGUUGGGUCAAUGAUUUGGCUCCUAAGGUUUGGUUUCACUAAAGAAAAAACACACAUUUUGUCUCAUUCACUGACACAUAUAAAUACAUAAAAAUAUAACAUAAUAAUAAUAUGUAAUAAUUAUAAACAUAAUAAAAUAUACCUAAAGCCUACACUAAAACUGUUCUGAGUCCUUUUCAAACAUGCACUACACAAUUAAAUUGUGAUAUUUAACCACUAAACAUGCACAUUUUAACUGUUAAAAUUGGUUUGGUACCAUGAUAUAAUGUGAUCUGGUUGGCUGUGCUCUUUGCUCCACAUUUCAAAAGGUAAGGAGUGCAGCUGAAUGGGUGGGGCUCAGGAGGUUAUACAAGUAGACCAACAGUAGAUAAACCCGUUCUUGCUCUUCCUGGCCUUUUAACCAACAUUUGAUUCAUACAAACACCAUAUAGGGUACAUACAGGGUUCAUACAAACACCAUAUAGUAAGUCGGGUAAAUACUCCAUGUUAGGAUUGCUUGCUGAUGUUAUGCCACCUGGGCAAAGGCGUAAA